AAAAUUAGGUACGCUACCUCAUCAACCAUAACCCUUUUCCUUGGUAGGGUUCAUUCCCUUUCCCAAUCUCUCACAAAUCCCAACGCGUUCUUCCAUUCUCCGAUCCUUCCUUCAAUCUCUGCCAUGAGCUUCGUAUAGCUCAGACGGUGGUGCUCUGCUCUGAGCAAUUCCACACACCACAGACGCUGUUGCUUCUCAAUCCUUCUUCUGUUCUCGAUCGCUUUCUGUCAUCAUUUGACCUUCUUUCAUGGAUGGGUUUGGUGUUGGGGGUGUUCCCAACACACAAGAUCUUAAGCAACCGGAACAUGUUAGCAAAGAAGGUGCAGUAUUUGAUUCAUCGCAAUAUGCAUUCUUUGGUAAAGAUACUGCUGAGGAAUUUGAGUUGGGGGGAUUAGAAGAGGAAGAUGACAACUUGCCUGCUGUUGGGUUCAAUGAGGAGGAGUUUUUCCUCAAUACUGAAGAGGCGGAUGAUGUUAGAUCUCUUUCUGAUAUUGAUGAUCUCACCACCACAUUUUUAAAGCUGAACAAAGUUGUUAGUGGGCCAAGAAGCGCCGGAGUCAUUGGUGAUCGAGGAUCGAGAGAAAAUUCUUCUGCUUCUGAAUGGUCACAAAGGGAUGAUAUUCCUUACUGGGCUGACCAGCACACUUAUGACAGUGAAUGUUCUCAGGAUGGAAAAAGAUGGUCGUCGCAUCCCCAUUCUUCACUCUCUCAUCUACAAGAAUCAAAGCCCUUGUACAGAACAUCUUCAUAUCCUGAGCAGCAACGGCAGCAGCAGCACCACCUUCAACAUUGCUCUAGUGAACCUUUUUCUAACUGGUUUGAUCAGCACUUUUAUGAUAAUGAAACUGCCGAGGAUGGGAAGAGAUGGUCAUCACACCCACAUCCCUCCAUUGCACACUUACAAGAAUCAAAGCCCUUGUACAGGACAUCUUCAUAUCCUGAACAGCAACAGGAGCUUCCUCGUUUUAAUAGUGAACCAAUUUUGGCACCAAAAUCUGCAUUUACUUCUUAUCCUCCCCCUGGCGGUAGGUCCCAACAGUCUUCUCCACAUCACAGUACAGGCCACUUGAACAUUCCUUAUCAUGACGGGGGAGCUCAGAUGGCAUUAUUGUCACAAAACCGUUCUCAUUUCUUCAAUUCUGCACUACAGUCGAGUGGAUCAAAACAUGAGUCACAUUUUAGUGGAAAUUUGCGCCAAUUAAGUGCUGGCUCCCCUCUUAAUCAUCAAAUCCAGAAUCCAUGGGUCAACCAUACAGCACUAUAUCCUGGAGAUCAUCCAAACCUCCUGAAUAAUAUGCUGCAGCAACAGUUACGCCAUCAUGAUGGAUCAGUGUCUUCUCACCUACUGACUCAAUUGCAGCAACAGCCACAUAGACUGCAUCAUCCUAUUCAGCAAUCAGCGGGCUACAUGUCAGGUUUCCAGUCCCAUUUAUUUAAUCCCCAUCUUUCUUCUGGGUCGUCCAUAGUUAACAAAUAUGAACAUAUGCUUGGUCUGGGUGAUUUUAGAGAGCAUAGACCAAAAUCAACUCAUAAAGGUAGACAGAGUCAUCGUUUCUCCCAUCAUGGUUCUGAUGCCAGUAGCCAGAAGAGCGAUAGUGGUUCACUACAGUUUAGAUCCAAGUAUAUGACUAGUGAUGAAAUUGAGAGUAUUCUUAAAAUGCAGCUUGCAGUAACUCAUUGUAAUAACCCCUAUGUAGAUGACUAUUAUCACCAAGCAUGUCUCGCGAAAAAAACUGGGUCCAAGUUGAAGCAUUCGUUUUGCCCUACCCAAAUAAAGGAUCUUUCUUCACGAGCCCGUACCAAUAGUGAGCCGCAUGGUUUUCUCCAGGUUGAUGCUUUAGGGAGGGUUUCAUUCUUGGGUAUUCGUCAGCCUCGCCCUCUUCUUGAAGUUGAUCCUCCUCCAAACUCUUCUACCAGUGCUGGAAGCUCUGAGCGAAAUAUUUCAGAGAAGCCCCUUGAAAAGGAGCCUUUGUUUGCAGCCAGGGUCACCAUUGAGGAUGGUCUCUGUCUUCUUCUUGAUGUAGAUGAUAUUGAUCGUUUUCUACAGUCUAAUCAGUUACAAGAUGGCGGAACUCAAUUAAGACGGAGACGGAAGGUCCUUUUAGAAGGGCUAGCUGCAUCACUUCAACUCGUUGACCCACUAGGAAAGAAUGGACAGAAAGUUGGGCUUGCUGCUAAGGAUGACCUUGUUUUCUUAAGAUUAGUAUCCCUUCCCAAGGGACGAAAGCUCAUAGCAAAGUGUCUUCGGUUGCUUGUUCCUGGUAGUGAGUUCAUGCGGAUAGUCUGCAUGGCUAUAUUUCGUCAUUUAAGAUUCUUAUUUGGAGGUCUCCCCUCUGAUCCUGCAGCUGCAGAGACUACCAGUGACCUUGCUAAGGUUGUUUGUCGAUGUGUCCAAGGAAUGGAUCUCGGUGCUCUUAGUGCGUGUCUUGCAGCAGUGGUCUGUUCCUCAGAGCAGCCUCCUCUACGCCCCCUCGGAAACACUGCUGGGGAUGGUGCUUCUCUUAUUUUAGUAUCUGUUCUUGAGAGAGCUACUGAACUUUUAACUGAUCCUCAUGCUGCUGCUAGCAACUAUAAUAUAGGUAAUCGUUCAUUUUGGCAGGCCUCAUUUGAUGAAUUUUUUGGCCUUCUCACGAAGUAUUGCAUGAAUAAAUACCAUAGCAUCAUGCAAUCGCUGGUUACACAAGGGGCACCAAAUGUGGCUGUAAUUGGAUCAGAUGCUGCUAAAGCAAUUAGUAAGGAAAUGCCUGUUGAACUCUUACGUGCAAGUCUUCCUCACACUGAUGACCACCAGAGGAAGUUGUUACUGGAUUUUGCUCAGCGCUCCGUGCCUGUGGUUGGACUGAGCAGCUAUGCCGGCAGCAGUAGCGGUCACGUGAACUCAGAGACAGUGCUAAGUUGAUGCAAUGAUAAUGGUUUUUGGGUUGAUGCUCACAUCAAAUGUACUACCUUCCCAUCUGUUAAGUACAUUUUAUAGCCGCAGACUGAAGUGGAAGUUGAAGUUGCAUCCAUGGCGAGGUUACUACCUCCUUUGUAUACCUAUCAAUGAUGCCAUAGCAUUGUGACAUAUUUUCAAUCAGGCUCUUCAUGUAUUGAUAUACUCAGCUUGAUCUAUUCCUCUUGUCUUACCUUUUUCUUAUGACAGGGAAGCUUAUUUUAUUGCUACUUGUGGUUGGUAGAAACACUAGUGGUUAAUUAGCAUGUACAUGUUUGGGCACAGAUUUGAUUCCCAUGUUUCUUUAUAUUAUUAUUAUAUAUACAAGGCGUGGGGUUGGGCUUUGUAGGGAA